GAGCUGUUCUCGCCCAGCUCUCCGCUGGCUGAGUCACCGCCCCGCCGGGCCGGCCCGGCCCAGAGGGGACGCGCGCCGCCGCCGCCGCCUCCUGCCGCUCCUCCUCCAGGGCCCUGGGCCUUUGCACCUGUCUUUUACAGCCCAGCACUAAAGCUUUUGCCGUUGCUGUAGUGACUGGCGGCCUAGCGAAGGCCCUUCCUUUUUUAUCCCCUUCAUUUUCCAGCUCAUUCUUUGCUUAUUUUAUGGCCCGUCCGGCGACCUCCUAGGUCGGGCUUGGAGGUGCAGUGUCUGUGUCAACAGAGUGCCCUCCUCUGGGCGCAGGGCGGCCGGCUGCCUCCGAGGCCGGGGCCUCCGCCGCGGUCUCCAUGGUAACGGCCCCGCCGGCGUCUCGGCCUCGUGGGGAAGAUGCGGCCUGCCGGGCCCGCCGCCUCGCCCCCGGCCUCACGGCCCGGCCGGGGCCACUGAGGAGGAAGGUCCCGGCCGCUGGCCAGCCGGGCAGCGAGCACCAGUGAAAUCCCACUCUCUGGCUGGAGACACAGAUGGCCUCAAAUGAGAGAGAUGCUAUAUCGUGGUAUCAAAAGAAGAUUGGAGCAUAUGAUCAGCAGAUAUGGGAAAAGUCAAUCGAACAGACUCAGAUUAAGGGCUUCAAAAAUAAACCAAAAAAGAUGGGUCACAUAAAGCCAGACUUGAUUGAUGUUGACUUAAUUAGAGGCUCAACAUUUGCCAAAGCCAAACCGGAAAUUCCAUGGACGUCUCUAACUCGGAAGGGGCUUGUUCGAGUUGUAUUUUUCCCAUUGUUCAGCAAUUGGUGGAUUCAGGUCACCUCCUUAAGAAUCUUCGUUUGGCUGCUACUGCUUUACCUCAUGCAAGUUAUAGGGAUUGUGUUGUAUCUUAUGAUGCCUAUUGUGAACGUAAGUGAAGUUCUUGGACCCUUGUGCCUUAUGCUACUCAUGGGAACUGUCCACUGUCAAAUUGUAUCUACUCAGAUAACAAGACCAUCUGGAAACAAUGGAAAUCGGAGGAGAAGAAAAUUACGAAAAACUGUAAAUGGUGAUGGAAGCCGAGAAAAUGGAAGUAACUUCUCUGAUAAAGCCAGAGGACUAGAAACUUCAGAAUCUGCGCCUAUUAUUGGUGGUUUUUGGGGGACUCUCUUUGGCAACAGGAUUAAAAGGGUAAAAUUAAUACCUAACAAAGGAACUGAGACCGACAAUGACAAUGACGCCAGUUGUCUCCAUCCUAUCAUGAAGAAGAGACAGUGUCGACCAGAUAUGAAAAUGUGGCAAACAAGAGAGAAAACAAAAUUGGCAGAUGGAGACAAGUGCCGUAGGGAGGCUUACAGGCGUUUGGGUAAUGGGAUUUCAGAUGAUCUGUCAAGCGAGGAGGAUGGUGAAGAAGCACGGACACAGAUGAUACUGUUGCGGAGGAGUGUGGAAGGGGCCUCAAGUGACAAUGGCUGUGAAGUUAAGAAUAGAAAAUCAAUACUUUCAAAGCACCUAAACUCUCAGGUAAAGAAAACCACUACAAGGUGGUGUCAUAUAGUACGAGAUUCAGAUAGUGUGGCUGAAUCAGAAUUUGAAUCAGCAGCCUUCAGCCAGUGCUCUAGAUCUGGUGUGAGUGGUGGCUCUCGAAGCCUCAACUUGUCAAGAAGAGACUCAGAAAGCACCCGCCAUGACUCAGAGACUGAGGAUAUGUUAUGGGAUGACCUGCUGCAUGGCCCAGAGUGUCGGUCAUCUGUCACCAGUGACAGUGAGGGGGCCCAUGUGAAUACCCUUCACUCAGGGACCAAACGUGACCCCAAAGAAGAUGUUUUCCAGCAGAACCAUUUAUUCUGGCUUCAGAACUCAAGUCCUGCUUCUGAUCGAGUUAGUGCAAUAAUCUGGGAAGGAAAUGAGUGCAAGAAGAUGGAUAUGUCUGUAUUGGAAAUAAGUGGCAUCAUCAUGAGCAGGGUUAAUGCAUAUCAGCAAGGAGUAGGUUAUCAAAUGCUGGGGAAUGUCGUCACCAUUGGAUUAGCAUUUUUUCCUUUUUUACAUCGACUUUUCCAUGAGAAGAGCUUUGACCAACUGAAGUCCAUUUCAGCUGAGGAGAUCUUGACUCUCUUUUGUGGAGCACCACCUGUUACACCUAUUGUUGUUUUGUCUAUAAUUAAUUUUUUUGAAAGAUUGUGUCUUACUUGGAUGUUUUUUUUCAUGAUGUGUGUGGCAGAGAGAACAUAUAAACAGAGAUUUUUAUUUGCAAAACUCUUCAGCCAUAUUACUUCUGCCAGGAAAGCUAGGAAAUAUGAAAUACCUCAUUUCAGACUUAAAAAGGUGGAGAACAUUAAAAUAUGGCUAUCACUGCGUUCCUAUCUAAAGAGACGGGGUCCACAGCGUUCAGUUGAUGUGGUUGUAUCUUCCGUCUUCUUAUUGACACUUUCAAUUGCUUUUAUUUGUUGUGCCCAGGUUCUCCAAGGACAUAAAACUUUCCUAAACGAUGCUUAUAACUGGGAGUUUUUGAUUUGGGAAACAGCUUUAUUACUUUUUUUACUGCGCCUGGCCUCACUGGGGUCUGAAACCAAUAAGAAAUACAGCAAUGUUUCCAUAUUACUUACUGAACAGAUUAAUUUAUAUCUUAAAAUGGAAAAAAAGCCAAAUAAGAAAGAACAGCUCACUCUAGUAAACAACGUAUUAAAGCUGUCCACCAAGUUGUUAAAAGAGCUGGACACGCCAUUCAGACUCUAUGGACUGACAAUGAAUCCCUUAAUCUACAAUAUCACAAGAGUCGUCAUCCUUUCUGCUGUCUCAGGAGUUAUAAGUGACCUUCUAGGGUUUAACAUAAGACUGUGGAAAAUUAAGUCAUAAGCUGAGUCACGCACGUGCCAGGAUUCUCUCUUGGCAGGCAUCAGUACUCACCCAUCAAGGAAACAGAUGACUGCAGAAGCCAGUUCAACACCCACCUGCGUGGCCACAAGCACAGGUGCUCUCAGCUCUGCCCAAUCUAACAAAGGGUGUUCCCGGAGGAACAAGUCCUUUCUGCCUGUGUGUGCGUGCUGAGCACCUGCACUCUCAUGGUUUUCAAACAAUAGGAAUAGUCAGCCAACUAAAGACUGUGUGUGUUAUGGUAACACAAGGGCAAUUUCCUAAGUUAGGCAAUUCAUUCUGGGCACUUCAGUACUGUGAUAGUUAAAUUUACUGGAUAAAGUCUUUUGGGUAACUAUGUAGAUACCCAAAGCAUGAAGCAAAUAUCUUUUACUGGAAAUAUGCAAAUUCAGUACUUUUCUAUUACAGUCUAUAGAAUUGGAGAUUUCUCUAUCACAGAGAACAAACAAACUAUUUUAGGUUGAAUCCAAAUAAAAGAACUUUACUGGAGAAUUUUGAUUUCUAGGCUUUCUUUUGUGGUUGAAAGAAAAAAAUAACAUUUGAACUGACAGCUUCUACUCAAUUGUGGAGAAAUUUUUAAUUAGCUUAUGAUUCUGAAUUAAUCCUAAUAACUGUAGCUGUUGGUGAAAAGCUGUUGGUAAACUUCAGUAUGAGAAAUGUAAGUUAGUGCAUUCAUCCAUGUCCAUCCAACCUGGUUUCUGUGCUAAUCUUGUGCAGCUUAACAUGUCCAGCCGUCAGUACAAUUUCAGGUUUUGGGUGUCUGUAAUCAACAAGCCAUGCCUUUGAUGCUGAAGAUUCUCUUAUCAGUGCCCCCUAUUACAUACAGGUGCAUAUACACAUGUUAAUGAAAACUUCAGCAUUCUUGUUCAUUAAGUUACCUGCUUUGAAGACUCUUUUGAAGCAGAUUGAAAGCCUGAACAUUUUAAUGAUGAGGUUUUGUGAAACUUGAUUAUAACAUGUAAAGCAUGUACUAAUUUACCAUCAGUGUAUCAGUUACACAGAUUCUGUAUGCAGGGAGAUCUGUGUGAGGCUUCAAGAUAAAUUUCUCAACAGUUCAGGGAUUGUGGUCAGAUCUUUCUGGGUUUAAAUCCUCUUUCUGGGUUCAAAUCCUUGGCUCUGAUGAUUAUUAGCGUCAUAAUCUGGGGCAAAUUAACCUCUUUGUAUUUCAAUUUCCUCACCUGUUAAAUAUAAUAACUACCUAAUAGGGUUGUUACGGUUAAAUGAGAUUAUCCUGUAAGGUUCUUAGCAUGAUAUAAAGAAUUUAGCACUUUAUUUGUUAUUACUAAAGUUCUUCUAAAAUCUCACUUCGACAAUAGAAACAUGAAGCAAGGUUGAUGAACUAGAAGUGGAUCACCAACAAUUUGCAGCCAUUUUGAAUGCUCAUGGGAGUUGUAAUUUUUUUCAUGGUAAAGCUCUAUAGUGAUUUAUCUGUAGAAGGAACUGUUCUGUAGAGGUACUUCAACAGACAGUUCAUAGAAACUCUGGCUUUACUAUUUUCCCUGGGGAAAAAUAAUAAUUGUCUCAAAUUCAAGACUGAGCUCAGUACAGAUUUCAGAUGAAUAAAGCUGAUGCUUUCAUCUUUUUCCCCUACCAAAAAAUUUGCUAUUUUAAUCUGCAACUUUUGCAUAGUGAAUUAUAGUAGUUUCCUCUUGUGGGUUCCUUUAGCUAUGAUUUUGGUGGUAUGUGACUGGUUUCAGUUAUUUUUCAGGUGGGUGAAUUGUAUGUAAUUAAUAGUUGAUCAUGUCAGAAACUUGAGAAUCAUUCUUGAUUUCUUGCCCAAACCUCACAUUCACUCACCAAGUCUGCAUAAUUAUCUUUUGGAUAUUUUUCUGGUCAGUUCACUUUUCUCCCUUCCCACUGCCACUACCCUCGUGUAUGUUGAUAUUCUUUGUUUUUUGUUUUUUUUUUGAACAAAUUUCUGCUGGUUCUAUUCUUACCUAUUCAUGGUUCCCCUAUUCCCCAAGCCCAAUCCAUUCUUCUCAAAAGAUUCUACAUCUUCUGAAACAUUGGUCUCAUCAUUUAGAAUCUAUGAAUGGUUUACUGUCAUUUUGAAAAUAACCAAAGUAUAUAGGGUCACUCUGUUGAGAGAUAGUUUGAAUCUUUACAUUGAAAGUAUAUUUUGGGGGUCUGAGGCUGUGGUUCAGUGGUAGAGUGUUUGCCUGGCAUGUGUGAGGCACUGGGUUCGAUUCUCAGCAACACAUAUAAACAAAUAAAAUAAAGGUCCAUACAUCUAAUUUUUUUUUUUAAAUAUUUUUGCUGAGUAUAAAAUUCUAGAUUUAAAAAUGGGGUUGAUUCCUUGCUUCCUGGAUUUUGUCAUUUCUGAGAAGUUUGCUUCAUUUUGUAAUUUUGUGUUUUUUAAAAAUCACUUUUAUUUUUGUUCAUUUUUUAAAAAACUGCUGUUCAGAUUUUUAUUUUUUUAUUUUAUUUUUUUAGAGAGAGAGAGAGAGAGAGAGAGAGAAUUUUUUAAUAUUUAUUUUUCAGUUUUCGGUGGAUACAACAUCUUUAUUUUAUGUGGUGCUGAGGAUUGAACCCAGCGCCCCCACGUAUGCCAGGUAAGCACAUCACCACUUGAGCCACAUCCCCAACCCCAGAUUUUAAUUUUUUUACUAUUGAAUUUGUACAAUUUAAUUGUAAUGUGUAUCUGGUAUAGUUUUCUUCAUGAUUUUUGUUUAGGUUUGUUGGACUUACUGAAUCUUUGGGUUCAUAGUUUUCAUAUUGUUUUAUAUUUUCACAAGCAGUUAUUGGAAACAGCUUCAUCAUUUCAAGGCUUGCUUUUAUAAGCUUUGUUAGGUGGGCCACACGGUCUUUAGGGCUACCUUUCUCCACUGAGGCAGUAUCCUUCUGAAUAUUGUACCUCAUACUGUUCACUAUGAGGUCUUUUCCACUUUGGCCGUGAGAACAUGUAUUGUGUGAGCUUCAGCCACUUUCCUGCUUGCUCUCCUUUGUGGCAAUUCUGUCUCUGUCUCUGGGUACUUCCCCAGGUGCUCAGGCUGGUCCAUCCUCAGCUAGGACCUGAAAGGAACUCUCUGCAUGUCCCUGGAGCGCUCUCCUCCAGCUAAAGCUGCUGCUUUCUGGUGCUCCUCCUCAGCCACCCUAGCCCACAUUCUCAGUUCUGUUUUCUCAGCUCUGGCAAGCCUACGAGCUUCCGUUUGGGUCCUCCCUUUCCCAGCCGCAGCUGAGCAGCUGCCACUAGGCAGUUAUCUGGAGCAAUCACGGGGUGCACCUUAAUUCCAUUACCCUGUGCUGCCUGUUGUCCAAUAUUCACUUCUUAACAUUUGUUUCAGUUGUUUUAAGGAGGAGAGCAAAUGUUUUCUCCACUUUAAGUGAUACAAAGUUUACCCAGUUGCUCAAGUCAAAGGCUCCUUAUCUGAUCCAAGUGGAGUCACUUGGCAUUCCCACCUCAACUAGGUUAAACCUCCUUCACACUCACCUGGUCUGCUGCCAUUAUUACCUGCUACAGUCAGUUCUCCCCAGCAUGAGUGAGCUUAAAACAUGGAAAUAUAUUUCCAUCGUUCCUAUUUAAACUUUUCCUGGCUUCUGUGUGGUUGCCUCCAAGGCCCUUCUCUAUUAGGCCUGCUUCUCGACCAACUUGAUGCUCCUUCAUUUACAGCCUCACUUCUCUUUACCUAUGUCAAAGGACAGGGGUCAGAUGAGGUUCUUUCAAGGGGGCAGUGGCACCUCCACUUGGCCUGCUUAACUUAAACACUGUUGAAAAGAAUUCCUGGAUGUGUCAGAGCGAGGCACAUGCAAACUUAUUUAAGAACAUCAAAGGUAAACUUACCCCAAAGGCUGGAUUAUGGCCCUCACCUCUCAGUGCUGUGCCCAGGAUUGAGCUCUCUGAUUAUAUGUAUGAUUUUCCUGGCAAGAAAUGUACAGGUUCUCAGGAAAGCUUCUUUGAAAAUUAAAUCCCUUGACACUCAUUUGAUAUUUGGGGUUCACAGUGUUCUUUUUGGUUAAGUAGUCUAGCUGCAAGUCAGAUGCAGGCAUAUUAUGUAAAUCUUUGAAUCUGUUGACAUUUCAGUUGAUUAUGGUUUUGUUCUAGUUCAUCUGUUAUGCGCAUAUGCUGAAGGUUUUGUUUAUCUACCUCAAGUGUCAUGCUUGUAGAUCUGGGUCUCCAUCCUCUUUCACUUCCCAAGAGCCUACCUAGCUCAUGACCACCACAACAUAAUAUACCAAGUUCUUUCUCAUUGUUAGACUUUUGAAAGUUUUUUUCUUUUGUAUUGGGGAUUGAACCCAGGGAUGUUUUACACUGAGCCACAUCCCUACCCUUUUUUAUUUUAAAACCAGAUCUUGUUAAGUUGCUUAGGGCCAUGCUAAAGUUGCAGAGGCUGGCUGUGAACUUGCAAUUCUCAACUCACAACUCAUUCUGACAACAGUGGGCCGUUAUCAGUUGUAUCACCCUGUCCAUUUCCUUUUCAUGGUCUUUAUCAUUUCUUUUUGCCUGCUUGUGUGUGUCUUUUUCACUAAAGUGUAAGCCCCAUGAAAGCAGGGAUUUUUUCUUGUUCACUCCUAGGUUCCCAGAACACACAUAACCUCAGCACCUCUAUCCUCGGUGCUCAGUAAACAUGUACAGGAUGAAUGAAUAACAGACCUCUCGUCUGUUACCAUUCAUGUGACUUUUUUUUUCUGUUAUAAUGGAAGAGUUGUAAUUCAUGGUUCUCCUAUCCUUAGUGUUUAAUUUAUCCCUAUAUAAUUUCUAGAAACUGGUGUUUUUGAAUCCAAAAGGGAUGAGAUUUUGGUAAUAUUUACGUUACUGAGAAAUUAAGCCAAGAUGUAAAGCUAAAAUAAUGUUAAAUUAUUCAAAUAUUUAAUUGGAAUAGAAAUGACCAUAAAAGUGUAAGAAAAAUGCCUAUCAAUUUAAUAUUUCAAUCUGCUUUUAUAGUGGGGAAAACUAUCCUUCCUACAGUUGUCAUGGAGGUCUGAUCUACAAACUUCCCAAGUACAACUCUGGCCCAUGUAUAACGUAAACACUUGAGAAGUUGAAUGACCACAUACUUGCCUAAUUGGAGUAUGGUUUUCUUGACUUUCAGGCCUAGGUGGAAAAUUAUAAAUGCCAGGAUGUUUCACAAAGUAUAAAUGUAUGGGUUUGUCUUUACUUUUGGCUCACUGUAUUUAGAAGCAAGUAGAUCUCUGUACUGUAAAAAUAAUCCUUCAAGAAAAUCAACUAAAUGCAUUUUUGAAAAUUUUUAGAUCAACACUCAUAAUAGGCCAGACAGGUCUUGCUCCAAAAGGUACUGUGUUGUUGGGGAAUAUUAAGAAGUGGAGCUUAAUCUAAUUAUAUAUGUAUUGUCUAGUAAUUUUACCUUUUGCUUCUUACAGUUAUUGGUGCCCAUGUUGAACGAUGUAGUUUAAAUGUCUUGAGGGUGCAAUGAUUCUGUACCUCUCCUCAGAAUAUUCUGAGCCAAUAAGCUGCAGAUGUUAUCCAAGUUGACAAAUGGUCAUCCUUUACUAAGGACAGAAAAAGCUUCUUGUUUGUGAAUUUGUUAAUUGUUCUGUGUGGUUUUAUUGUAAAUAUUAUAAAAUAGACACCCACAGAAUUUUUUGUUAAAAUAGAUUAAUGCUAAAUUAAAGUACUUGGCUAUGUUUUCAUAUUUUCAAUGUGUAAGUAAGAUUGAGUUUUCUGUUGAAUUCCAUCCAACUCUUCGUAAGACUUCAUAUUCUCUUUUUAUACUUAAUGCUACUUGUAUAGCAACACUGAAAACAUAUGUGUCAGUGGGAUUCUUAAACUAAUUCAGCUAACUAAAGAUUCUAGAUUUUGUUCAAUUAUGGAAUGCUUUAAAUAAGUCAUUAUAUUGCUGAUAAACUCUUACCAGUAUAAUCAGAAGAGCUAAAUAAACAUACCUAUUACUGUUUAAAAAGCAGAGAUAGCUUUUAGGCAUUGGAGCAUGCCUUGAAGAUGUAUGAAGUAAAUUUGAUGUAUUCCUCAUAUCAAACUGGAAUGUCACAUUUUGUAACAAGUCUGUGUUUAUGCCAGUGUUCCUUAGUCCAAGAGCACAUUACGGGCUAAGGUUUCAAACAUAUAUUUGUGGGAAGUGAGUAGGCAGAAUGCCAUACAGUUUAAUCUGUAGUCUCCUUGCUUUUUUGGUGGUGGUUCUGGGCAAUGAACCCAGGGGUGCUCUACCACUGAGCUACAUCCCCAGCCCCUAAUUUUGCUUUGAAACAGGGUCUAAGUAAGUUGCUCAGGCUGGCCUCAGCCUCCCAAGUCACUGGGAUUACAGGAUGUUCAGCUAUUCGCUUUUUAAAAAAAUAUAUUUAUUUUUAGCUGUAGUUGGACACAAUACCUUUAUUUUAUUUAUUUAUUUUUAUGUGGUGCUGAGGAUCGAACCCAGGGCCUCGCACGUGCUAGGCAAGCGCUCUACCGUUGAGCCACAACCCCAGCCCAGCUAUUCACUUUUUUUAACAGCAAGAUAGUUUUGAGUAAAAAUAAAAUGCCAAAUGCUUUUCUGAGUCCAGGAUACCUGAAAUAGGAGUUGAACCUGUUCAGAGCUGCCUUGAUUCAGAGGAUGGAUGUGACUAUAUGAAAAGACAGUGCUAUAGGACUGUAGGAUCUUAGCCAUCUGGUGUCACCGUGAGAUGCCAAGACUCCUUUGCCUGGGUGACCAGUAGGACAAGACUAUUUUGCUGUGACAGGUCCUGGGGUGGGGGCUGGGAACUAGGGUAUUAGGUUUUAUUUUAGUGUGAGUUCAUGCAAUGGCAGGUAGAAUUUUUCUCCUCAAGAGUAUUAAGUUAACCAGGGUAUUGAAGCAGGUUUAAGGCAUUUUGCAUACUAAGGGUUAAAUGAAAUCAAAACAGUUCAUUCUAAAAGUAAGUUAAGUAAGACCCACAAGGCUAAUGUGAAUGGCCAUAGUGUGAUGAAACUGGACUCACAAAUAUCUAGUAACUGAAUCUAAAGAAACAAGCUGUAUUUUCUCCCUGAUAGCUUUAUAUAAAUAAUUUUGUUAUACUAUCUAUAUUCUUUACAAUGAAAUUUGAAAAAUGGACAUAAAGUAUGAAUAAGUUUAACUGUACAGGAAAAGUCACAUUAUAAGAAUCUUCUUUUGUUUUUUUUUUUUUUGCGGGGGGGGGGGGAUUGAACUACUGAGUCACAUCCCCAUCCCUUUUUAAAAUUUUUUUAUUUUGAGACAAGAUCUGACUAAGUUGCUCAGGGCCUCGCUAAGUUGCUGAUGCUGGCUUUGAACUUGCUGGCUUUGAACUUGUGAUCCUCAGCCUCUUGAGUUGCUGGGAUUACAGGUAUGUGAUUGUACAAUUUUUAAUGGUUUGUUACUUGGGACAAGAUCUAUUUGAGGAUUCAGACCAUGAUGGGAACUAGCUCCACAAACAGAAAACCACAUUAAACAAAGCUGACGGUCAAAAAAAUGCAGGCCAUGAACUGUUUUUGGUUUUUUUUAAUAUCUAUAUAAAAAAUAACGAGCAAUUUACAGAUCUCUUUCUCUAAUCAGAACCUCAUGUAUAUAUAAAGGUACUGUACAUAUAUAAACAUUUACAACCAGUACAUCCAUAUUUUGCUCAGCAUUCCAAGGCCACAUUGCUAAGUCAGUAUAUAAUCAGUACAGUGACAAGUUACUUAGGAAGAGCCACAUCAAACUGACAACAUAUGACAUCAAAUUUAUGUCACAGUUAACAAUAAAAAUAGGAUUUUUUGUCACUAAUUGUGGACUAUAGGGAAAAUAAAUCAUUUCUGUGGUACUAAAUUCUUAGCAUUUAUCAAGCCUCCUAAUUUUGCUCUAUUCAAGUAGUUACAAUAGAUGGUAAAUAUAGUUCUGGAUGAAAGGGGAUUUCAAAAGGCUCACUCUGGGAAGCAUGUGUUAUCUACAGGGGCUGAUACAGUUGUUACAUUAAAGAGUUUCACAGUCAGACUCGCAGAGGGAAGGGCCUGGACGUAAUGUGUUUCACAACAAGAUGAACUCAGGGUGACAGAAAAAGUGUGUUCAAAUACUCCAUGAGCAUCUUAUUCUGAGAGUGUGCCUGUAUUUAUAGAUGCUACUGAAUGCUGCUUCAGGGGACUGAAAAACUUGGGUCUAACAGACCCAUCUCUAACUUCCAGCAAACAUCUUUAGACUUUUUAAAAAGAACUCUGAAAAGUUUUACAAAUCAAGCAAAUACUUAGUCUCCCUUUUUUGUUUUAAAGUAUGUUAAUGCAGCUAAAAGUUAAAAUUAGGACCCAGCACAUACUAUUUACCAUAUAUGCCCUGACUUGCUGGCCACACAGGUUCUUUGAAAUGCCUGAACUUGCACAUCUGCCAGAUGAGCUGGUACUUUAUCUGGUAAUAGACUAUGAAACUGGUUUCAUAAUUACAUCCUUUGCACAAUCUAAUAUUUGACUCUUCAAAUAUAUAUUAUGUAUUAAAGACUAAUGACUUUAGUAAUAGAUACAACCCAAAUAUCCAGAAAUAGAUAGUUGCUAGUUUUCUUUGAAAAGCAAUAAGCAGUAUUUCCACAUGCUUUUUUGUUGGGAGGGGGAGGGAUAAGGGUGACCUGAGAUGCUGUAACUACAUCAGGGUUGGAUAGGAGGUGAACUCUUGCUUGGAGAACUUCCUCAUUUUGAACAUUCAAUUUAUGUAGGUGAUAUCUUUAACAGUUAUUUGGAACACCUGUCCAUCCAAAUUAAAGUCAUGAGAAAGCAUUAAUAUCUGACUUUUUUUUACAGUAGUGAUGUUUUGGAGUUUCAUUUUUAAAUUGGGACAUCAUUGGUAGCUGUUACAAGAGGCAACUGCCAUCUUUAAUGAUGAGCUAACAAUCUCUUCUUCAAGGACUCAAAUAUUUCUCUCUGUAAACAUGCAACAUGCUAUUUGAAAACAUCAACUUCCAAGCCAAACCUAACUUUUUCAUUACUGUGAAAAUAUCUGAAUGAGAAAGAUAAAACAGAUAUGAUACAGCAGGUAACUUGGCACAAAUACAGUGUGAGCUGUGACCACGUUAAUAUCAACAUAUAUCAUUUGUUCAGACUCAUGAAGACGAGCCAGGCAGCCUGAGCAGAUCAUGUCAGAGGAGUGCCUAGAUGCAGCUCCUUCCUGAGCGUGAGGGACGGCAGCCAGGGAAGGCUGGUUCUUAGCAAUCCUAAAGGCCCUUCAUGCAGCCUAGGUAGCUCGAUGCUCAAAUUAAAAUGUAUCUAAGUAUUUGACUUCCUGAAGGGGGGCAAAAAAAAAAAUAUUUUGAGGUGGGGAAGGGGGUAAAGUGCUCUUUCAAUUUGUUUUUCACCAACAGUCACAGCCGUUUCUCGGCCACGCCAGUAGUGCCUGUGACUUUCUUUGCACUUGGCACUUUCCAGGGCCCUGGAGUUAUGGGUGCUUUCUUAACUAGAGAGCUACUCUCAGAUUUGACCCUUCCACCUUCUUUGCGUUUGUCAGCUGCCUCUAGAUCUUUCCCUUUGUGAUCAUCUUCAGGUUCCUGCUUCAGCUUCUUUUCUGAUACUUGGCCAUUUUCUCCAAUUCUGUCUUUACCGGGGUGCGUCUCUCCCGCGGUUGCCUGCCUUCCUCUUUCAUUUUCAGACCCUACCCCACCUGCAGUGUUACCGUUCUUUUUGGAUGGAAGAGACUUUUCAUCCAUUCUCUUGCUUUUUUUCUCUGGAGACCUUGCUCUAUUUUUUUCCAGUGGACUCUGCUUCAGCUCUUUCCUGAUGACACCCAAUUUUUCUUUCCCAUCUGGGAUCUGUUCAGUAUUGUCGCCAGCGUGGCCUGCUAUUCUUCGACUCUCACCCUCUAAUAACUUGGCGCUAGCAUUUGCUGGGUCUUUGCCUUCUUCAAGUUUUUGCUGCUUCUUUGGGCUAGAAGAUCGUCCUCUGCUUUUUCUGCAUUGGUUCUGUUCAGAACCUGCCUUGCUGUUAAUCGGACAACUUUUAUUCUCCCCUUUCCUAGGGCUCAGUGAUCGAUCUCUGGGUUGCCUUCUGGGGUCAUUUUUUAGAGGACUUGGAUUUUUUUCCAUGUGUUCCUCUAACUGACGAUUAGCUGGCUUUUUGGGACUAGCAGAUCUACCUCUUCGUGUAACACCAUUUUCUAUUUUCAGAUUUUUCUUGUUCCGGUGCCCAGGACUGUUGGUUGGAUCCCUCUUGUUCACAUUUUUCUGGAGAAGAGACUGAUGCUUUAUUUCAGGCUGAUUUUCAUUUAAAGUGCUAUUCUUUUCAGGUAUAGUGUCCUUUAAUUCUUCUGCCUUUUCACAUAUCUGAACUCUCGUUAGAGAUUCUUCAAUUACUGGUACGUGACACUCUUCAAAUAUGGAAGCAGAAUGUAAAGAUGGGGGAAAUGGUGACUGUUCAUCAUAAAUCACAUUGGAAGAUGAAGGAUUAUUAAUAUCCCAAUCACCUAAAAAAGUGAUUUGAAUGGAACAUUAUUACAUUUUAGAAUUAUAUACGGGAACAAUAAGUUUGAACUUUGACAGCCAUUUGGGUUGUACUGACUGCUUAGACAGCCGGAGGAUGAGUAUGUUACCCAGCUUAUGUUUAUGUAUCUCUCUGUAAAGACAGAUGUGUAUAGACAUCUGUACAUGGAGGGUAGACUGUUUAUGUAUAUAAAACAGUUAUUAUUAUCAUAAUAUACUUAUCAUAAUACGUAUAUUAUUAUGUAAAUUCUUUAUUUAUAAAGCCCAGUCAAAUGAAUAAAAAAACUGGACCAAAUUACAUGGUCCUAAAAGCUUACUGAUUAAGGUGUUAUUAAUGGGUAUCACUUAAUGAUAUGUCAAAAUCACUAAUAUAAAGUAGACCCAACGAGAGUGAGGUUCAUGGGCAUUUGCCAAUAAUUUUCUUGAAUUAAGCUGUCAAAUUUAAUGUCAAAAGGAGACUGCAAAGGGCAGAAGAUAGAAAUAGAUGUAUUUAAUAGCAUCUAUUUUUAAUUAAAAAGAAAACAAAAGAAGAAAGUGAUUUAUAAGACAUGCAAAUUUACCAAGUCUUUUUAAGGAAAGACCAAGAAAAGCCCUGAAAGCCUUAAUGUUGCUCAGGUUUCACGUAGGAGCACAGACCGGAAGGAGCCAAACCUGAAGAAGGAAGAGAAAAAGCCUAGGACUAUGUGGAAAAAAAAAAAAAAUCAGCGCAGUUAGCAAA